CACGACAUGCAGGUAACAAUUUGCUGGAACCAUUGAUUUUAACCUCAACCCAUCUUCUUCUUCCUCUCCUUCCAAGUUCCAACCUCAAUGGCUACGAAAAACCGCAUGGAUACCGAAGAGGAAAGAGAGAAGAAAAGAGUCAACCUUGCAGAUGAUCCUUCCAACAGAGCGACUGUCCAGAUGGAUCUUCAUCUUCUCCCACCGGAGAUUCUGCUCGAAAUCCUAUCAAGACUCCCGAUCACCUCUCUGAUCCACUUCAAGACCACUUCCCAUGCCGGCUAUGAUUUAAUCGCCGAUUCCAGACUCCCUCCGAUGUUCCGUAAUCGGGUAAGCGACUCUGACCCAUGUCUGAUUCUGUUCAACUACGAUUACCCUGUCUCCCGGUCCCUGCAACUCUAUUUUGUGGAUAUUGAGGAUUGUAGUCGAAGGGGUAGGAAAAUCGACCCACCACAGCAUUCAAAAGUUAAUAAUCUGGUGGGUUCUUGUAAUGGGCUAUUAUGCUUAUCCUUAAUCGGUAGUUCAUGGAGGUCUCACAGUCUGCUAAUUUACAAUCCUUCUGUUGGAGACGCUGUAAGAGUCCCACCAGCGAACCAAUUUCUGAAUCAAAGUGAAGUUUUUGGAUUUGGGUUUCAUCCGAGGACAGGAGAAUUCAAAGUGGUCAGGAUUGUGUGUUUCGAUGUGGAAGAAGGGGAAGAAUUAACGGUUCAGGUGUUUACUGUAGGAACAACAGAGUGGAGAACGAAAGGAGCUACGCCUCGACGGUUAACCGGACCACCUGAGGUUCUAGUUGAAGGAACUCUCCAUUGGGUGACUUUUGUUCGGAUGGGAGGAGACGAUCCUAUCUUUGGUAUUAUCUCCUUCGAGCUUGCAGAUGAGGUGUUCGAAGAAAUUCCGCACCCACCUUGUCAACGAUUUGUGUCACGUGGCUACCGUCUUUCCGUGCUCAAUGGGUGUCUAUCGGCAGCUGGGCUAGUUGAUACUUUGCAUUUUGAUAUCUGGGUGAUGAAGCAAUACCGUGUUAAGGAAUCUUGGGUAAAACAACUCUCCUUUGAUCCCUCUUUUCCUAGUAAAUGGCCAAGCUUCUUAAGAAGAUAUCCCAGAGUUAUAUGUGCACUGAAGAAUGGGGAGAUUCUGUUGUGGUAUAAUAACAGUCCUUUCGCUUCUCUGGUUUCUUAUGAUCCUGUAGAAAACAGAUUCAAGACUCUUCAAAUGAGUGGGUUACCCAAUUGGUUCGAGGCAGUUCCUUUUCUACCUUCUCUUUUCUCAGCAAAAGCAACCAUGAAUUUGCAAUUUUAACUUCUCUUUCUUUAAGACUCUACCACUAGUUGUUUUAGUUUGUGUUGAAUCUUUGAUCAUCAAUGCGUCAGUUAACAGUUGUGUUAUUUUACAUCAUCCUGGAUGACCUCUGUUGUAUGGCAAUGAGACCCACCUGACUAUUAUCUGCCUUUUUCUCGGAAGGCAGUUCUGGAGAACGGGGAGAUUGUGUUGGAGUGUAACAAGCGUUAUAAUGCUCCCCUUGGAAUGGUGAUUGAAGAUUUUGCUUUGAGCUGGGUGGGAAGAUUCUGAAGAGUUUUAUGUGUCCUGAAGAACGGGAAGAUUGUGUUGGAGUGUAACGAGAAAGCUCUAGUUUCUUAUGUUCCUAAAACUAACGGGUUGAAGGCUCUGAAGAUCAAUAGGUUCCCUUAGCACUUCCAAGCUUUUGCUUUCCAGCAUACUCUGUUCUCAGUAAAGGGUACCUUUGAAAUAAUCUUCACAAGUCUUCUUUAGUAUACGGAUAUAUAAUUUCCUCAGCUUUAGUCAGGCUUCCAUUGUUUAUAUAUUGAUUAAUUAAGCAUGUUUUUAGUU